AUGGAUCUCUUGCUUCUUACGCUUGCUCACUCAAAAAGUUCUCUGCGAGCUUCUGAAAGUAUCAGAUUGAUCAGAUCCACAGUUGCUUGGACGUGUAGGCCUGAACAGUGUCGCAUCCAAAGCAUAAAUUCGACCGUUGGGUACUCCCAACGGUCAUCUCCAUUACUCAAAUUGCCUCCCUCAUCCUCAGUUAAAUUGCGCUUCGACUUCUAUACCCCUGCAGGAAACCCAGCUGUAAUUUUAAUGGAGAACGUGCUUAAUGUGCCUCCCAAGAGCCCAAUUCAACCAGAAAACACCAUAAUCGACUGCAAAACACCGCCCCUGAAUCAGCAAAAUGAUGAAAAUCAUCGAAACCCAGGCAAUGAUUUGCGCAAACCCAGCACCCCCGACCGCCUCAAAGUCCCCAAGGCAUUCAAGUACCCCGAAAGAUAUAGAAGCCCAACCGACUCGAUGAUGUCCCCGGUUACAAAAGGCCUUCUUGCCAGAAGCAGAAAGGGCGGCGUGCUUUUACCUCCGAGUAUAAAUCAGACAAAGAUUCAGGAUUUGCGUGUUCAGGAGGUGGGUGUCUUCGAAAAUUAAAAGUAUGAAAGCCGUUUGGAAAAAGCUCAAGGAACAGAUGGAUCUCUUGAUCCUAAUAGUUGGUAUUAUUAAGUUCGAUUUGAUGGGAGCAAUGGAAUGAUAUGACCCGAUAUGUUGCUUUGCAAUUCCAGUAAGAUGGAUGAAAUGUGGUUAUCUGAGGCUUUUUUCGAUAUGAUUUGAAUACAUUGUUGUAAUAAAGAAAUAGCUCACUAUGUCCAGAUUGCAGGGGCUAGUCAACAUGGAGCCUUUGCUUUAUUUCCUCCAUUUUUGCAUGCUUUCAGGCAGUCCAAACCCUCAAAAUGAAUUCAAUUUACAGAAUGAGAACUGCCUUCCUGGUUCUUCUCA